GGGGUGCAUCACAGAAAAGAAUAUUUUUUGUAACUUCUGUCGUGAGCAAGUUUCUAGGGGAAUUUAUAAUGAUGCAAUGAACACUGCUGGAAAGUACCUACGAAGGAGUGCUUAGUUUAUUAAACAGCUUUCAAAGAUUAAAUAUUUAUUCAGAUUAAUGUUAUUGAAGGGCUCAGCCACAAUGUUUAUUAAACAAGAUGUGGAAAUAUAAGUCAUGUGUCAUGAAAAUGUUUGAAAGUCGACUUGGAUUUAGCAUUUAUAUAGUUCACAAAUAAAUUUGCUGCAAAGUAAUUUUUCACAAUUAAUAUUUAUUAAUGACGGUUGAGUGAAAGAUUAAAAAAAAUGACUACAGAGGAUAGUUAGUCAUAGAUAUCCUAUGACGCGUGAAAAAUUCUGGACGAUGGAGAUUUUAUAUAGCCCAUGCUAUAUGUAAUAAGAUAGCUCUUCAUCUCAGGAAUUAUGCUUAUUCUUAAUUAAUCUGUUGAGAACAUAUGAACCUGCUUUGUGCGAAAUCUGUAUCACACAGGGUGAAAGCGUAUUUUCUGAAAACGUGAUUGACGCGAACACAUUAGAAACACAGCUUACACCGCCUGUCAAUCUCUAGACGUCGUACCAAGUCGUUAACUUGAGUAAACGUGUAUUGUUUAUAAGGAGCCACUUUAAAAGCAAUCAAACUAAAAUUUGCAAAGAUUCUAAGCAACUUAGUAUGAACAAUAUUGUAGAUAGAAGAAACGCAUUAUUUUCUGAUAUUCUGUUUGAAAGCGCGUUAUCAGAAGAAGAAACGCAUUAUUUUCUGAGAUUCUGUUUGAAAGCGCGUUAUCAGAAAAAGAAACGCAUUGUUUUUUGAGAUGCUGUUUGAAAGCGCGUUUUCAGACUUCAUCGGCUUCACAUUGUGUAACUUCUUUGUGUGUUUUCUAAAAUAUCAUUUAUGCUAACUUUUAGAACAACCUCUUGUUGUGAUUUUAAACCCAAUAACUAAACAUACGAUAAUCGCAGAGUGAAGACGCUGAGAAGAAGCUAAGAAAGCAGUACGCAAUUUGGUACGAGGUCGAAAAGUAAUCAAACUUGUCAAAGCAAAGAUAAUCUCUUGUUUGAUUACAUUUCCACAAAGUUUGCUUUUCUGCAUGAUCUACAAACUAUUCCAGCUAGCUAACUCAAUAAGAAAAUGUAUAUAGCUGCUUUGAAACAUUAAUAAAUACAGAUGUGGUGACUCUGGAAUGUUGGCAUGGUAUUAGGCGGCUCAAAAUCUCAAAAUAAAUAAUAUCUUGAUGCUUCAACCAUCGUAACGGAUUUUCUGUUCUUUAAUUCUUAUUACGGGGUGCCUCAAAAUUUUGUAAAUUCAAUUAAAAAAAUUGUACAAAAAUUCUUCUUUUUUCACUUGCACUACUCAUGGUAUUGUCUUCAAUUUCCAGUUAUGAGAGUUCCGUUGUCUCUUUCACAAGUUUCAGCGCUAACUCAACGCCUUAUUGACUCGCCGCUUUUAAAAAAUGUGGUUCGGCCUUGUGAUUUUCAGAAUUUGCGGCUAGUAUGAGGAUAUUUUAGCCCUCGAGAGCCAUAUAUAUGGGAAAAAUUGUCUUCAACAAAAAUAUGUUUCAAACAAUAGAACAUCGAAAUCUGGAAUUUAGCAUGUAUCAUUUACCGACUUUUAUGACAUGACAUUGAAAACUGAAAUUGUAAUUAACCCCCCCCCCCCCAAAAAAAAAUUCACCAUUCAACUAUUUUUUUUCAACAUGUAUUAACUAAUUCUUUUUCUGCGACAUUGUAGUUAAAUCCUUAGAAUGCUACGAAGGUGCGGCUAGCGUUAACCCGUUUUUCAACAAACCUGUCACGUGCUUACAAAUCAAUCACUAUGUUCGUGGAAAUAUGUUAAUACAAUUUGGUUCUCUAGAUGUAAAGGUCAUGACUCAAAACUUGCGAUGACCCUUAUAAUGCAAAAUUCUACACGGCCAAUUUUUUAACAAAAAAAAAUCAAUUUUUAUUUUCAAUUUCGCAAAAAAAGUAUAUCAAUAUUUAACAACAAGUAAAUCAAGAUUGUCUCGACCAAAGCAAUAAUUUCAGCCAUAUAAGCCUAACACACACAAAAAAGCCCUCGAGGAUAAAUAACACAGUACCCUGAAUUGCAGAGGAAGAACGUAUACUUGUUAGAUUGUUUUGGUUAUUAAAAGGAGAUCUCGGCAUGUUUCAGCAACCAAAAUCAGCCAUUUACCCCAACAUUGGAAACGAACAAGCUUUCUUCUCUACGCUGAUAAAUCAAUCUAAUUAAUUAAACAAGGAAUAAAAAAGAUUCAAAUAAAAAUGAAUUUGAAUACGUAAUAGCAAAAAUACAUAACAGAUAAAUUUGAAUGUAUUUUUAAUUUUAAUUGGAAGAAACUAUCGUUUUAAUAACAGGUGUCAAAAUCUUCUUGUACACAUUUUUUUGCACCUCAGUUCGUUUUCGCAUUGAAACGAAAGAUGUUGUUAUCAUUAGUUUUAGUUUGUUGUGUUUUGUUUUCAACAGCUGAAUCAUUUGAAUGCUACGAAGGUGCGACUAGCGUUAACCCGUUCUUCAACGAACCUGUCAAACUUGUCACGUGCUUACAAACCAAUCACUGUGUUCGUGGAAAUAUACUAAUACAAUUUGGUUUUAUAGAUGUAAAGGUCAUAAUUCAAAGUUGUGUGUUUUUAAACACAACUUGCGAUGACCUUUGUAAUGCGUAUGAGCCUGAGCUUCGAAAACGAAUCCCUUCAUCGUUUAAUGCUGCAAUGAAAAGCUGUAAGCUGACGUGCUGUCAAGAAAAUAUGUGCAACGAUGCUUCAACUAGCAAGCCAGCUGCUGAAACAACAAGCAGAUCCAAUCCUACAGAAAAUGAUACUGCAACAAAGCUAUUACUGUCUUUAAUAAUUCUAUUUUUUUUGAAAACUGUAUUCUAAUUAUUUUAAUAAAUAUAUCUUUUA